GCAGAGAGCCAAGAGCAGAGCCCUCCCUGGAGACCUGGGCGUCAGGCAGCCCCCUGACCAGCUCCCCACGGAGCUCAGGCACCUUAGCUGUGAGGAUGGAGUCAGGAGGGGGCUCCUCAACAGCCCAGGCCCCCAUCGCUGCCCUGGGGGAGCCGAACUCUGGGCCUGGCUACUCCUCCCUGGAGCUCCCGAGGGCAGACCCAGGGAAGCUGCAAGCACUGCCACUCGGGCCUAGAGCCCACGGCAAGGACCCCGACCCCAGGAGCCCUGGCAGCCCAGCUGCUGCAGGGAAUGGCUCCCCAGACACGGGCCCUUUGAGGGAGCUGAACGGUGCUGCUAAGCUCCCCAACCGGGACAGCGGGAUCGACAGUCCAUCCUGCAGCAUGGCUAGUGACCAGUUCCCCUGUGAGGAGGGCGGCGAGGCUGGCCGGGGCCCCGGAGUCCCGGGGCCGCACCUGGACGCAGCCCCAGAAGGCGAGGUCCUGCAGGAGGCAGCCGAUAGCGACGUGGGCGAAGGCAGCAGUGAGGAGCCUGACCCCGAGAACUGCCCCCCGGGGGCCCCUGCGGACCCGGCCAAGUGCUCCGAGCCCCAGAAGCUGCUCCACAUCGCCCAGGAGCUCCUGCACACCGAGGAGACCUACGUGCGGCGGCUGCACCUGCUAGACCAGGUUUUCUGCGCCCAGCUGAUGGAAGCAGGCAUCCCUUCGGAGGUCACCACAGGCAUCUUCUCCAACAUCUCCUCCAUCUAUCGCUUCCAUGGGCACUUCCUUCUCCCCGAGCUGCAGACGCGGAUCACGCAGGAGUGGGACACGAACCCCCGGCUCGGGGACAUCCUGCAGAAGCUGGCCCCAUUCCUCAAGAUGUACGGCGAGUAUGUCAAGAACUUUGACCGGGCUGUGGAGCUGGUGAGCACCUGGACCCAGCGCUCACCGGUGUUCAAGGACAUUGUCCAUGGCAUCCAGAAGCAGGAGGUGUGCGGGAACCUGACGCUGCAGCACCACAUGCUGGAGCCUGUUCAGAGGGUCCCACGCUAUGAGUUGCUGCUCAAGGACUAUCUGAAGAGGCUCCCAGGAGACGCCCCCGACCGGAAGGAUGCGGAAAGGUCCUUAGAGCUCAUCUCCACCGCUGCCAACCACUCCAAUGCCGCCAUUCGGAAAAUGGAGAAAAUGCACAAGCUCCUGGAGGUGUACGAGCGACUGGGUGGGGAGGAGGACAUCGUCAACCCCGCCAACGAGCUGAUCAAGGAGGGCCCCAUCCAGAAGCUGUCGGCCAAGAACGGCACGGCGCAGGACCGCCACCUCUUCCUGACCCCGGGACCCUCCAGAAGAGGAGGCAAGUCCUGGAUGGCCAGCACUUGGGUCCCUGUCCUCUGA